AUGUCGGCCAUCCCGUCCAUCUUUCUUACCGCUCCUGAGCGUUUGAGUACUUUGAUCGAAGGACAAAUCAAUGCAACCGACACCCUUAUCAUCUCAGCCACGGGUAAGAUUAAUCCUCGGCUCAACAGCACUGACGAUGGCGAGAAGGAUGAGGAAAACGACGAUGGAUCAGAAAGCUCCUCAAAGGAAGAUUCUUCCAAGGAAGACUCUUGGUCAUCAUCCACCUCAUUAUCAGCAGAUGACAGCAACUGCUCCGUGAUUGAAAGCUAUGACGACCUUGUUACGCCCGUCGAGGUCAAGACCGAGAUCAAGAUCAGCAAGUUCGCAGAGAAGUUAAUUCAGCAUAGCCGCCAGGCGAUAGCUGACGUGAUUUCGGGAAAAGAUGAUAAGUUGGUUGUCGUCGUGGGGCCGUGUUCAAUCCACAAUGUUGAAGCUGCUCUUCACUACGCUCGAGAGUUGAAAGCGGUCCAAAGCCAGUUUCCGAACUUGAUACUGGUGAUGAGAACGUACUUCGAGAAACCCCGAACAACUGUGGGGUGGAAGGGAUUGAUCAACGACCCUGACUUGGACGGUAGCUUUCAGAUCGAACGUGGGAUCCGCAUCGCUAGAGGAUUGAUGGCCCAGAUCAAUCACAUGGGUUUACCAGUAGCUACCGAGUUACUUGAUACGAUCAGCCCUCAAUAUCUUUCCGAUUUGAUUUCAUGGGGCGCAAUUGGUGCACGCACGACGGAAAGUCAGCUCCAUCGCGAGCUGACCUCGGCUACCGCCCAUCCGGUCGGAUUCAAGAACGGCACAGACGGCGGAGUGAAGGUGGCGAUGGACGCGAUGCAAUCGGCACGCGCGAGCCAUGCAUUCAUGGGCGUCGGCCCACACGGACGAGCAAGCAUUGUCCGAAGUCGCGGAAAUAACAACGUCCAUGUCAUCUUACGAGGAGGAUCCAAGGGAACGAACUUCGACGCAGUCAGUGUUGCCGAAACCCGAUCGAGUCUCCUCAAGAUGCAGCCCACCCUCCAUCCCUCGCUCAUGAUAGAUUGCUCGCAUGGAAAUUCCUCGAAAGAUUACAGAAACCAACCCAAGGUGAUCCAAUCGAUAUGCGAGCAGCUGUCAAACGGCAGCGACGAGGGUGCUAUCAGUGGUGUGAUGAUCGAAUCAAAUAUCCACGAAGGUAGACAGGACAUUCCAAAGGAAGGUCCUAUUGGACUGAAGUACGGUGUCUCAAUCACGGAUGCUUGUGUCAGCUUUGAGGAAACCCUCAAGAUGCUCGAGGACUUGGAGCAUGCCGUCUUGCGGCGUCGGGAAGUCUUGGGAUCCCGACGAUCAAGUAUGGACUGUUAUGCACCCUUCGUCCCUGCUUUUUUGAUUUGA